UGAAAACGGACAACACGAAGUUGUAUCUAGGGACAAUAAUAUAACGGGCGCUAUAUGCUCCGUCGAAGCAAAAACAGUGUGUUUGCUUUUUAUUUUAUUUAUUUUUUAAUAAUAUAUUAAAUUUAGACUAAUUUCACUGCAGGGACAGACUAUAAGCGGAGGUAAUAUUAGCCUGUUUGGCUAACAGAAUACACGCUGUAAAGGAGAGUGAUGGGUGGGGCGAUGGUGCUCGGGGUGGGUACAGGCGUCUUCAUCAUCAUCAUUACAUGGAUAGGGACCCUGGUCCUUAGUCUCAUCAUGUCCCGUGCUGCUGGCCCGUCCAAGCUUGGGAUCAUUCCCUUGGUGCUGUUGGCUCUAACCAUCACCUUCAUCCUUGUGUUCUUCCCUCGAGCCUCGGAAUUACCAUCUCCUACUAAAGAAACACAGAUAGUGGACACCUUCUUCAUCGGCCGCUAUGUGCUCCUGGCAGUAGUGAGUGUGGUCUUCCUGAUGUCUCUGUUCCUUCUUUUACCAUUCCACCUCUUGGAGCCGGUGUACGCCAAACCCCUGAGAGCCCACUAGACUAGGGCCUGGCACAUGCCAAUUCCCUAGUGGACCAGCUAACAUCAAUGAGACUGACUUCAGAUGAAAGGCUUCAGUGUUUUUUGUCUGCAGGCCAAAUGUGCUCUUUUGGACUCUCUUUGACUUUACUCUAGAAAUAAAUCUUAUAGGUAGCUCUACUAUCUUGAAAACUGUGGUGCAUUAUUCAUUCAGGUUAAUGACAUCAGUAGCUGCAUUUUCAGUUUUUUUUCCAGUGUUUUUUGGUUAAGGCCUGGAAUUACUGAAAAAUCCCAGCACUCAAGACUCUUAAACCUCAGCUGCUCUACUAUGGCUCUCUCAGUUGUACAUAUUUUUGGAUAAAAAGUGUCCGCCAAAUGAGCAUCUAGAAAUGUAGCUUCUCACUUUUGUAUCUGCUGGUUGUAUUUUUUAUUUUUUAAUAAAACACUAUUCUUUACUGAUA